AUGAUGACGUCGUCAGUAUCAUCUUCACCAUUAUCUUAUUCUUCCCCAACACCAAGUCCUGAAUUAAUUAAAAUAAAUUCAAAUCAUAAAACAUAUUAUAUUGAAAUUGGACUUACAAUAUUAUUUCUUUGUUUAACUAUACCAAGUUUAUUUUUUUUAACACUUAUCUAUCAUCGUGAAACAACAUUUAUUUCAACAUCAUUAGCAAUAGCAACAACAACAACAAUAACAGCAACACCAACAAUAAUAGAUUCUUCUUUUAUUAAAUCAACAUAUCAACAAAAAAAUUUCUAUCGUAAAUCAUUAUUUAAUUAUCCACAAGCACGUUGUAUGGAUGAUAGUAUUGCUUCAUAUUAUAUACGUUUAUCAAAUAAUAAUAAUUCAUAUUGGUUAAUCUAUUUUGAUGGUGGUUGGUUUUGUUAUUCAAAAGAAUCAUGUAAUCUUCGUCGUAUAUAUUCACCAAAUUUAAUAACAUCAAAUAAUAUGAAUGAAAAAAAAUCUUUCAUUGGUAUAUUUUCAUCAUUAAAACAAUAUAAUAUUAUUUAUGUACCAUAUUGUUCAUCUGAUUUAUGGUCGGGUUCAUCAAAUAAAACAUAUUCACAUGGUUAUGAUAUAUUUCAUGCUAUAUUUGAUGAUUUAAAAUUUGAUAAACAAUUUCAAAAAGCUAAACAAAUUAUAUUUACAGGUUUUUCAGCCGGUGGUCUUGGUCUUUUAUUAAAUUUACCUAAUUUAUUAAAAAAAUUUUCUUCAACAAUUGAUCUUCGUGUUAUUAUUGAUUCAGGUUGGUUUAUUGAUUAUCCAGGUAGUAUAAAUGGUAUAACAAAAAUUAAUGAAGCUAUGAUUUAUUGGAAUACACAAAUACCAUCAACAUGUCAAUUAAAACCACAAUAUAAAUGUUUUUUAGGUAGUGAAGCUAUACGUUUAUUUCCUUCACAUGUAUCUAUAUUAAUUAUACAAUCAUUAUUUGAUCAAACACAAUUACAUUUAGAUAAAUUAUAUAUUAAUUCAAAUGAUUUUUCUUUGAAACUUAUUGAAAAUCUUCGUCAAUCAAGUAAUCGUAUAUCGAUAUUUGCACCAGCAUGUUCAAUACAUGGACUUUUAUUUCGUUCAUUAUGGUCACAAUUUAAUAUUGAACAAAGAACACUUGCUUCUGUACUUAAUAUAUGGUUGAAAAGAACAAAAAGAACUCAUGUUCAAUUAAUUGAUAAUCAUUUUGAUUCAAGUUUUUGUCCACAUAGAGAAGAUGAUGAUGAUGAUGAUGGGAUAUAA